ACACGGAAUCCUCGCUCUUUUCCUUCCCCGAACCCUAAAACCCCCUCUUUAUUUCAUACACCCAUAUAAAUCUUAGCCUCUCCGCCGCUUCGUCCCUGUCUUCUUCAGCAUCGCACCUCCUCCUCAUUCCCACCUAGGGUUUCUGCAUCUGCCUCUGCUAAAAUGGCUAGAGGAUUGAAGAAGCAUCUGAAGAGGCUCAAUGCCCCAAAGCAUUGGAUGCUCGACAAACUUGGGGGUGCUUUUGCUCCCAAGCCAUCAUCUGGGCCUCACAAAUCUAGGGAGUGCCUUCCACUGAUCCUCAUCCUGAGGAACAGGUUGAAGUAUGCUCUCACAUACCGUGAGGUCGUUUCCAUUCUCAUGCAGCGUCAUAUUUUGGUUGAUGGCAAGGUUAGGACCGAUAAGACCUACCCUUCUGGAUUCAUGGAUGUUGUUUCCAUCCCAAAAACAAAUGAGAAUUUCCGUCUGCUUUAUGACACCAAGGGUCGGUUCCGGCUCCACUCAAUUAGAGAUGAGGAGUCUAAGUUCAAGCUAUGCAAGGUUCGGUCAGUGCAGUUUGGGCAGAAGGGCAUUCCCUAUAUUAACACUUAUGACGGGAGAACUAUUCGCUACCCUGACCCCCUCAUCAAGGCCAAUGACACUAUCAAGCUGGACUUGGAGACAAACAAGAUCACCGACUUCAUUAAGUUUGAUGUUGGAAAUGUUGUCAUGGUGACUGGUGGAAGAAACAGAGGUCGUGUUGGAGUCAUUAAGAACAGGGAGAAGCAUAAGGGAAGCUUUGAGACCAUCCACGUUCAGGAUGCCACUGGUCACGAGUUUGCUACUCGGCUUGGUAAUGUGUUCACCAUUGGCAAGGGUACAAAGCCUUGGGUGUCUCUUCCCAAGGGCAAAGGUAUCAAGCUAACCAUCCUUGAAGAGGCAAAGAAGCGACAAGCAGCCGCCCAAACAGCUGCUACUGCUUAAACAAUAGGGUGGCAACUAUAGAUUGUUGUUCCUAUAGUUUUAGAUGGUACUUAGUUGAAUCAGUUAAGCAGUUUGACUCUUUUCAGCUUAUGCUCAGAGGAUUCUAUUUUCUUUCAUUUUGUGGCCCUGCUUUGUGGAUUAUUUAAGAUGCAAUACUGGCUUGAAUGUUUUUAUGUUUUGUGCUGGAAUGAGAUAUGUAUCGGACCAAUUUUAAUUGACUUUGCUGCUUAUGUUAUUCGGAUGUUUUUGGCUUUGCAA